CUGCAUUAUAAUUCAGAUCGUCAAUAAACAUCAAUUGAUAAACGUUGUAGGUACAUUCAUUGUCAAGUCAGCAAUACCGGAGAAAAAAAUGUCUACAGAAAAAGAUUGCGAUUUAGAGAUCCUAUAUUCACCUAGUAGAUGGUGUAAGAGAUACGGAACAUCAGAGGAAUGUAUGCUUGAUCAUGUGAAGAUAAUCACCGAAGAAAGUCAGUUUGUUCGAUCUGGUAUACCUGGAAACUUCGAAGUACCCUACGGUAAAUUGCCUAAAGAAAAAUAUGAUUUGUUUGGAAUAGAUUUACCAAAUAGCUCUCCUAUAAUUUUUUACAUUCAUGGAGGAUACUGGCAAGAAGAAUGCAUAGGAAGGCAAAAUUCUUCUUUUGUAACUAAAGUUUUCCAUAAACAUGGAAUUAAAUCAUUUGUCAUCGGUUAUGAGCUAUGUCCUAAUGUGCAACUUGAGGAAAUUAUACAACAGACACAAAGAGCAUUGAGAGUUUGUUUGGACUACGCAAAAAGAAAAGGUUCAAGAGGAAUUUGCCUUAUGGGUCAUUCUGCAGGUGCUCACUUGGUAGCAUAUUUAUUCACCAGCUUCGUCAAUACAUUACCAAUAGAAGAUGUCAACUUACUCAAAUCAGCAUUUCUCAUAGGAGGCAUUUACGAUCUAGAACCCUUGAUAUCUACCUCUUAUAAUGUCCCCUUGAAGCUAACACCUGCUACAGCUAGAAGCUUCAGUCCAGUCCAUCAAAGAAUGUCAGAUUGUAAUACGAAAUUCUUCAUCGUUGUAGGAGAAAAUGACAGUCCAGCAUUUGUUAAACAAUCGGAAGUCAUUGAAAAAAGGCUAAAGGCUCAAAAUAUAACAUCCAGUUUAUUGAUUUUGAAAAACAUAGAUCAUUUUAACGUAAUAGAAAAGAUAUCAGAUGAAGAGUUUGAAUUGACUAAAUUAGUGCUGAAAACUCUGAAAGAAAAAUGCUGA